AUGCGACAGCAGAAGCCUGAAGCGAGCUAUGCGUCCACCCGGCAGACACGGCGCAAUGGGCCAGCUCAACCUCUGUUGUCUACCUUCCACAAGCCACGAGACGACAAGCCGCGUGCGAAGCCCGAUCCCGAACCAGAACUGGACCCCGAGCCUGCCACUGAUGCUGAUCCUAUGAGCAGCAGCGACGAAGAAGAUCAUUCUUCACAGAGCCCAGAUGAGGAAGUCAAGCGAGAGGAGAGAGUGGCUAGGACAACAUUGGAUGAGAAGGUCGCGAAGAGGGAUGAGGAUGAAGCGCGUCGAUCGUCGCGACCGAAUGGCAGCAGCCCACAGAAACGGACCAUUGGCGGCGUGAAGAGCGAUCAUGAGGAAGACGAUGACGCCCCUUUCUCUUCGAUUUUGCGAUCAUCACAGUCGCAGACGUUCAAGCGCCACAAGACCAACAUCUACCCCUCGAAGAACAGACUCCCCUCGUAUGCUCAAGCGCCGAGCUCGAGUGCGCUGUCAACUGCGACGUCCUCCCCCGACACUGCGAACAGAAAGAGCAAGUUCCGGACCAAGAAGGACAAGGCCUCAGACACGGACGCACCAGCUGAACCCGAGGAACUGGAACCUGCCUUCAAGGUGCCCAUGGAUAUUGAUAUAUUGAGUUCACGGAGACCUCGUGUCCGGAAGAGGGUCAAGCCUCCUCCUACCUUCCCUGCAGAUUCUAUGUCGAGUACCGCAUCAUCCAAGGAGCCACAGACAAUAUCCUUCAACGACGAUGAGGAUUCAUCGGGAUUGAGCACUCCUCUAAGCGAACUACCGUCCGAAAUAGACGAGUUAGUUGAGAAUGACAACCGAGAACAAUCGCCUCGCAAGUGGUUGUGUCCGCUAUGCAAGGAAGAAGUCGACCCGGAGUUACUGUUAGAAUUCGAAGAACGACCGAAGCAAGGCUUCCGCCAGCAGCAGCAAUUCUGCCGGUCUCACAAACAACUGAGUGCUGGGAAGGAAUGGGAAGCACACGGCUACCCCGAUAUCAACUGGGAUGGAUUUGGGGAGCGGAUUCAGCAACAUUUUCCGCACCUGGAGAAUAUCUUGGAGCUCAGAUGCUCCUCCUAUUUUCGGAACAGACUCGAAUCUGACAGGAAGGCGGGCACAGCAAAGAACUUGUUAUCUGGCGACAGGUUGGAAAACAUGUCGUGUGGGUACUAUGGCACCAACGGGUCGGAGAAAAUGCUACAAGCGGUGAUGGAUCGGUUCUCUCUGAAACUGCGGCGCUUGUCCUCUGAUGACCCAGUCCUCAAAGAGGCUGGCGUAGCUGGCUACGCACAGGAGGUCCUGGUGCCCGAGCUAGCGGUGCAACUGGUCAGGGAGGAUAUGGGAGUCAGUGAUGAGGCUGCUCGGCAGAUCCUGAGGGAUAGCAUUGACCUCGGUGAGAAGCUGAAUCCGGCUCCCAAUGACUAUGUGCCCUUCCCGGACGAGGCGGAGGAGUGA